AUCUCAAUAAUUACCUUCAUUUCAUACAUGGAAUAAAUCUUCCAUACUUUUGUGGCGACUUAUAGAGUAGCAACUUUACCGACGCGGAAAGUGCAUUUCCGAUCUCCACCGAUCCAGGGAUGUAGAAUCACUCCACGUGGUCCGUGACACUUCGUUUUUUACACCCUGUAAAAACCUCCCUUUUUUUACACCCUGGUACAGGGAAAACAUUUACCAUGGAAGAAACCCAUAGUGAUCCAAAUUUACUUUGGCAGAGCGAUUCAUCUGCUGGUAUGAUUCCGCGUUCUUUAAGUCAUUUAUUUGACAAAUUGGAUUUAUUAGACUACACAAUUAGAGUUGGUUUUCUAGAACUUUAUAAUGAAGACUUAUUUAAUCUUUUAUCACCUAACGAUGAUGGAUAUAAAAUAAGAUUAUAUGAAGAUGCAUCAAAGAAAGGUGCUGUAAUCAUUCAUGGACUGGAAGAAGUAACAAUCCAUAACAAAAGUGAAGUUUAUAAAAUUCUAGAAAAGGGAUCAGGAAGAAGACAAACUGCUGUAACAAUGAAUAGUCAAUCCAGCCGAUCUCAAACUGUGUUUUCGAUUACCGUACUAAUGAAAGAAAAUACAUCCGAUGGAAAAGAAGUAUUAAAAACGGGAAAAUUAAAUUUAGUAAAUCUAGCAGGGAAUGAAUACGUUGGAAGAACCAGUGCUGUUGAAAAGAAAGCAAGAGAAGCUGGUAGUGUUAAUCCUGUUAAAUAGUGUUAAUAGUGUUAAAAGAGCACCUCACAUACCUUACUGGUAAUAAGAAAUAUUACUUUUAUUGUUACAUUAUAAGAAAAAUAAUCUGUUACACUUUUUUCUUCCUUAUAGAGAAUUGAAACUGACAAGACUGCUACUAGAGUCACUCGGUGGUCGCAUAAAAGCUUCUAUUAUUGCUACAAUAUCUCCUGCUGCAAUUAAUCUUGACGAAACACUCUCAACAUUAGAUUAUGCGUAUCGUGCAAAGAAUAUUACUAAUCGUCCGGAAAUAAAUCAAAAACUUUCGAAGAAAGAAUUCUUUAAACAGUAUACAGUGGAAAUUGAGAGAUUACGAAAUGAUUUGGAAGCAACACGUGAAAAGAAUGCCGGUUAUGAGAUACUCUUUAUCUUCUGUAUCCUGGCCUUCAACAAUAUAAGUAUCAUGAACACUAAAAUGUUUUUCAAAGUCUAACUGAUUGAACUGUUCCCAUUCAAAUGAAUUAUCUUCUAUAGUACUACGCAGAAUUUCUGCCAAAUUCUCUUUUAAUAGAACUUCCGCGUCAUUGGUCGGACUUUCAGGCCAACAAUUGAUGCAAAAAGUAGCAAGCAGAAGAUUAAUGACAUUAAUCGGAUUAAUAUUCACCAUUACAUGGUUGCACUGCUAGUAAAUGACGGACGACGUUGCUUCUAACACUGUAGUACAACGAAUUCCGCGCUCUUUUUAUACUCUGGUAGAAAGUAAAAAAUAAGAAUGUUUUUGCACGCAGAUAUCAUUUCUUGGUAAAUGUUUUGUUCACUGACGUUUACAUAUUCCGUGUACCCAGUACUACAAUUAUCUGACUUCAUUUAACAUAAAGUGUUUGUGUGCAAAACAGUAAGAUGUUAUUCUGAAAUUCAAUCGUAUUAUCACGAAUUGAUAUUUUAUGCCCGUACAAUAUUUAGAUAUUUACAAACCGCAGCUUAAAUUAUAUUAAUUAAAAUUAAUUAAUCUUCAACACAAGUGAUUUCAACAAUUAUUUGUUAUUUGCGUAUAUUAUGAGUUGUUCUUUACCGCAUAGAUAUGUGAGACGUGGAAUACAGCGAAAACAAGAUCUGACUGUGAUUAAUAAAUGCGUAUCUUAUAGAAAUAGCCGCCCGUAUGCCUAUCCAUGUACCAUUGAGUUGCAUUGAACUUGUCGCAGUGAAGUUGGCUACAAAUCGGCUCACCAACGCUGCGUGAAUGCGUUAGUGAAUUUGUAGCCAACUUCACUGCGACAAGUUCAAUGCAACUCAUCGUACAUAUAUGUAUCUCGUGCGGCCGUAUCCCGGCGGAUUCGGGCGGUCUGAGUAUUAUAUGAAAAUUUACAAAACUGUAGGAGGCAAAUCUAUCAUAUUAUAUACCAAUGGAUUCAGAAAAAAAUCUCGGUUCUUUUUUGUCAUAAUGUAAAUUUUUGUAUCUCUUAAAAUAAUGUAAC